AUGAAUGUUUUGGAGUAUUUUAAAACUCAUGUGUAGUAUGAGAAGAAUCCAAAAAUUAAGGAAGCAAUUAUCCAAAAGUUUGUGGAGUAUUUGAGGAGGGCUGAGGAGAUUCGUGCUGUUCUAGAUGAGGUAGGCGGUGGGCCAACGUCCAAUGGAGAUGGUGCUGUUGCAUCGCGGACAACGUCAAAGCCAAAGAAUGGAGGUGGAGAGGGUGAUGAUUCAGAGAAUGUGAGGUUAAGAGCUGGAGUUAAUUCCGCUAUUAUAAGGGAAAAGCCUAACGUGAAAUGGAACGAUGUAGCAGGACUUGAGAGUGCCAAGCAGGCAUUGCAGGAGGCUGUUAACCUUCCUUGA